AUGCUUGACCAUCGUCAACUACCACCAACAACAAUGUGGCUACUGUUCGCAAUUUUCACUGCUCUCCUCACUACAGUGCUCUCGCAGUACGGCUCCUACUACUCUCAGUACGGCUAUUCCCGACCAUCGUACUACUCCAGUCCUUAUGGAUACAACCAAUACUCCUCCUAUGGCUAUAAUCAGUACCCAGGUUACUAUCAGCAAUACAACAGCUAUCGAGCUCCUUCGCUGUUAGGAAGACUCUUCGGAGGUGGUGGCUACAACGUCGACCGCUACGGAAAUUCUUACAUCGGUACGCCGAGUGUCGGCUUCUUUCCUCACCUGCAAUGGUCGAGGAUGUGCUACACGCGGAUAGCAAACACAGAUGCUAGACAG